AUGGGAAAGAAUUCGAUGAAGAGUCACGCGGAAACUGCUAAGAAUGAUUGGUCCAAUAGUCAAAAUGGUGGCAACGGCGUAGUUGAAUCUGCAUUAGAGGAUGGAACAAAAGAGGCCCAGUGCGCCUCGGAAGAUGAUGCAAGGAUGGAGUCAACUGAUAAAAAGAUGAAGGUGAGCAUAAAGAAUAGAACGGAUGGAACAGUAUUCCAAGUCGAGAUUGAAGCUAAUGCAACAAUAGGAGAACUUCGCUCAAAAAUCUCAUCACAUCUUGGAAACUCCUGUGAUCCGAGGUCAUUGAAGCUUUCACUCGGCGAACAACUGCUGGACGACGCCGAUUCUGUCACCCUCAAAAAAGCAGGCCUAGUGAGUGGAGACCGACUCUUCAUGGAAAUAGGCCCUUGUGCACCGAAACCUGCAAAAGUUGAUGCUCAAGAUGUGAAGGCUGGGACCUCCAACGAUGCCGAUGAUUCCUCAACGAUUUCUGAUGACGAGGCGGAUGCGAGCAUACAGUUUCGUGAUGGUGUGGUUCGCGCUGCAAGGGAUUAUUUGGAAAACUCAGGAUUUUCCAACUCUUCGUUGAAAACGUGGUCCGCGAAUGAACACCCUGGUGCUGAGCUCCAUUUCGAAGUCCGCGAUCGAAAGAGACAACUGGACAUUUUUGUUAUUAUAUUAACACUAUCCCAGCCGAACUUAUCUGCUAUAGUAAAUGUCGGAAGGAAUGUCGAUCAGUCGCAUAAGCUGCUUUCGUCAUUUACUGUACAACAAGCAUCUAUCAAAGAUAAUGUAAGUAAUGGAUUGGCAGUCGCAUUAUCUAGUUCUGGUAAGUCGUCAUGUUUCUAUAAUCGUUCGUUUAUUCAAUACAUCGCAGUCAUAUGUAAAACAUUUCCAAAAUUGCACUUGACUGAAAUUAGUGACGAAAGUGGAGAACCUAAGUAG